AGGAGCCGGCAGCCGACAGCACACCCGCAGCCGCUGCCGGUGCCGCCAUGAGGGCUGUGCUCUGGGACCUGCUGCUGCUCUGCCUCUUCGCCCGGGCACGGGGUGACUGCCGGGGGGACUGCCUGCACUGCGACCGCCACCUCUACCGGGACAGCUUCGACGUCCUCAUCUGCAUCCUGGAGUGUGAAGGCGAAGCUGUGCCACGGGCCACUUGGGAGCUGUGUGCUGCUGCCGCUGGCCGACCUGCCCCGCGGCCCCGCGACCUCCAGGACGCUGGCGAUCCCUGGCACGAUGCGGUGGCAGCGGUGCCGGUGAGCCCGCUGCAGGUGAGCGAGCUGCUGCAGCGACGGGAGGCCGAAGAUGAAGGUGUCGAAGAGGAGCCGGGAGCCUUCCUGCAGCCACCCGAGGACAUUUCCCGACGACUCGGCAGUUUCCCACGUGGGACACGUGGCUCGUGGCCGGCACCGAUGGCCAGGGGGGUGCAGAAGCGGUACGGGGGCUUCAUCGGGGUCCGCAAGUCGGCGAGGAAGUGGAACAACCAGAAGAGGUUUAGCGAGUUCCUGAAGCAGUACCUGGGCAUGUCACCCCGCUCCAGUGAGUACGACAUUGCCGGCGGCAUCAGCGAGCACAACGAGAUCUAACGGAGACCCGCGCUGCCCGGCUAGGUCCGCCAUGGCCAAAAAAGUCAACCCUCUACCCCCCUCCUCCUCAUGUCCAUGGGUGCAAAUUAAAAAGGGAGUCCAACAGAUUAAUUUGGAAAUGGCAAAUUAGAGACCAGGGAUGCUGAGAGCGGCCGUCGGCAUCUCGGCAUCUGGAGGGUGUGCGGGGAAAGGUCCUUUGCUGUCAGCUUCCCCCUGCCGGGGAGGAUGGGCACAAAGGUGCUGUCCUCCACACCAAGUAGAUCGAAGGGUGGCUCAGCACCCCCCCCCCCCAAAGCAUGUCUAA